CCAACCCAACCCGAUAGUUCCUUUCCAUUAGCAUAUACCCACCGUCAUCCUAAUUACUUUGAAUUUUGGCACGCCAAUGAAAAGAAAUUAAUUUCUUAGUCUUGUUUUCAUCAUUCUUUUAUACUUGACGAUCUUUUUUGAAGCAUUGUAUACCCAUCUCAUUGAUAUAUUGAUAUCAAACGCGUUGAAUCGCUUCAACAUUAAUUGGCGUUGCUCUGUUUUCUUGUUAUAUUUUCGCUUUUCGUUUUCGUUUUCUCGUACUUUUUGAUUUAAUUAGCAUCUUUAAACUGCUCACUUUCUUUAAUAUAGAAUAGGAGAUCUGCUAUUCAUUUAAUUUUUCUCAUGCUUUUUAAAAAUCUUAUUAUUUCAUCCUCAAACUUGUUCCACUACUUUUUUUAGGUUUUAUUGUCAUUUUUAUAGAAAGCUUUCAUGGCAGAUAUACAUAGCCGCUAUGAACUUUUAAUGGCCGUUAUGGGCCCUCCAAACAGGAGGCCUUCACAACCGGAGUCAACAAAGCGUCCAGAAGAAACUCUCCCUGUUGUUAUUACGCAUUCUGACUCAUAUGAAAAUAUUCAGCCCUUAUCACACAGUCUUUCGGUUUCGGAUCAAGUCAACUCUCCUCCUAAUGAUUCUAUGAAAGAUACGUUAGCCCGUCUUUCCCAUGUAUCUCGUGAACCUUCCGAUGAAUCAUCUCCAUUGUCUUCAUAUACCUCGCCUCGUUCUAGUGAAUCCUUUGAAAGCCAGUCCUCUACAGCGUCAAGGAGCUUUGAUAAGCAUGUACCUUAUGAACUCAGUGACUCCCGUGAAGAGUCCCCUCUAGUUGAACAAUUCAUAACAUUCGUCAGCUGUAAGGAUACUCAAAGGGGAACAAUCUUAAAUCAAUUUCUCUUUCCCCACUUGAAUAGUCUCUCUGUACAAGGUUUACCGGAAGUGGAAUUGGGUAAGACGCGUCAUAUUCUUUACAAUUGGUGGGCUUUUCUUAUACGACUAUUGGAAACUACUCACGUAUCAGUAUCUGAGAGACUUAUUUUCAUCAAGUCGGUAAUUUCUAUCGCCGAACAUUCCUGUUGGAAAGAGAUUGAACAUUCGGAACUAUUGAAUAUGGAACAUCAACUCAUCUUGUUUGAUACUCUUUCUUUUGUAGUACGGCUUCUUACUCAGAAGGUACUACCGCACACCUUGGUAAACUUUUGUGCCAAAAUAUUGGUUCUUUCUUUUUUUAAACUUGAAAACUUUGCAAAGCAUUUUCUUAAAGCACUCACGAUUGAUAGGAACUUCGUCAGAUACAUUUCAUCAAAGCUAAAUACUGAUGGAAGAAAUCAACCCCAGAAAUACAUGGCACCAUUUUUCCCUGAGCAUUUACACUCUAUUAUGUGCCCGCUGGUUGUCAAUAAAUUAUGUUCAAAUCAAUUUACCAUUGGGUAUGGACGGCAACCCAUCAAAUUUACUGAAAACUGGUUCCAUCGUUUCCAUUUACCAAAAGGCGGAUUAUAUUUUGAGUUUCUUGCCGAGUAUCAUUCUUAUCUAGCGCAGAACCUUUCGUUCGAACUCCCUCGUGACAUGAUUUAUUAUGCUCCUGGUUACAUUAAUUUACAUGCUUAUCUUCUUCAGCUCUGUCUAGCUACCAUAAACUUGUCAGAGCGGAAAUGCUAUACGACUGGUGCGUUUAUUGAACUCCCUACUUCAAAAAACAAUGAAUUUAACCCGCCUUCUGAGGUACUUACCAUGAAGCCCGCUGUUACUACUACUACGAUAGCGAUGUUGCAGCAAUUGGCAGAUCAUGUGAAAGGCUUUUUCGAAGCAGUGAAAGAUUGCCGGCAACAACAGUUGCGAUUAUUAGAUACUUUAGAGCGUGUACUUCAAGGUGUUGGAAAAUUUAUUCGCGUUUAUGAUUUUCAAGCAUGCUUUAUGUAUUGUUCUCUUACAGAGAGCUGGUUUGAGAUUUUUUUUAAUUAUUCUCAUCGUCCAGAAGUUUCUUUUUGGGUCGAAGCAAUGAAAGGACUAAUUAGCACAUCGAACCACAUAGCAAUAGUAAGAAGCAUAGUUUUCAUCUAUACGAUAUGGCCAUACUUGGAUCUGAAUGCCAAAGAGUUAUUUAGCCUUCGGUGGUUGUUGAUUCAAGAAACGUUCGAAACCCUCUUCUUGCAUAGUUUUCCUCUUGUGCGUGCUUAUUUUCACCGUCUUCUGUGCUGGAGACUACUGAAAGUUGAUGAUGAAAGUGAGACUAAGCUCAAAGCAGAAAUAGUUUUGUGCUUGAAAAGAUUGCUUAAACAUUGCUAUUCUGGAUAUAAGUGUUACACACAAGAUUGCUUGAGGGCUGCGAAAACCCUUCCAACAGUGAAGCCUUCAGCGCCUGUACCCAUGCGACGCUUGGUCAUUGUUUGUAAUUCUGAAUCCUCUUUGGACAAUUAUGAUGAUAGUGCCGAAUGUGGGGUUCCUGUCAAUCGUAACGAAGAAACUGUCUUUAAUAAUAUAUAUAGUGAUGUAGUAACAAUUUCGAACUCUGUCUCAAGUGGCUUAAGGAAGGCCUUUGGCUCUUUUAUGAAUAAUGUGUCCGGAUACCAUCCCGACAGUGAACUUUCGAAGCAGGCAUCAACAACAAACAAAUAUUUAUUUACGCAAGUUAUGCAAAAUGAUAAGAGACAGAAACCUCGCUACCGGUUUACAUUUAAAGCAUCACAUCCUGACACAACUGGAUUUGCAAAAAAGAGUGAAAACUUUUCGACAAUAUUAGAGCAUUCCUCUCACGGGAUAUUACCACUUCAGUCCAAGGUUUUACUUUACAACAGCAAUAAUGCUUCCGCUCAUUACGCUAAAGCUCCGUUAAAUGAUAUUGGUGCUGGCAAAUUGGUAUAUAUAAGUCAAGCCUUAGUGGAAUGGGCACUGGUGGUUCAUGAAUUUGAUUCCUUCUUCUCCAAUCAUGAAGACUGUGAAGAAAUGAAUAUUACAGCCCCUUUGCUUACAGUUCGUAUUCCCAAAUUACAUAAUUAUGCCCAAUGUUGAUGAUGAUCGGAUAUCUACUAUUUAAUUUUUCUUAUUUUCUAUUUAUGAUAAUCUACUAAUCUGUCGUUCAGGUUUAUGCAUCUCAUUAUUCGAAAAAUCUCCGGUUUUGGUUUGUUUUCUUAACAUAGCGUUUGAAUGCAUAGUUGCAUAGUUGCAUAGU